GUCCGGUGGAGGCUCGGAGCGCGCCGGAGCGACACUCCUCCUGGCUCCUCCCAGGCGGCGGCGGCGGCGGCGGCGGCUCGGAACGGGCUCCGGGGCUGGAACGCAACGGCCAGAGAACGCCGGGCUCCGAGGAUUACCGGGGGAAGUGGCUGUCUCUCGCUGGGGCUGCGGAGAGGGGCGCCCGGGGAGCAGGGCCGGCGGCGGCGGCGGAGCGAGAAGGAACCGGCUGCGGUGGGCGCCAGCGAGGAGCGCGGGCACCGGGCGAGCAGGCCGCGUCGCGCUCACCAUGGUCAGCUGCUGGGACACCGGGGUCCUGCUGUGCGCGCUGCUUGGCGGUCUGCUGGUCACAGGAUCUAGUUCAGGUUCAGUAUUAAAAGAGCCUGAACUGAGUUUAAAAGGCACCCAGUACGUGAUGCAAGCUGGCCAGAGGCUGAAUCUCAAAUGCAGAGGACGAGCUGCGCAUGCCUGGUCUCUGCCUGCAGCUGUGAACAGGGAAAACCAAAGCGGGAAGCUUAACAUCACUAAGUCUGCCUGUGGAAAGAACCUCAAGAAGUUCUGCAGCACUUUGACCUUGAACGGGGCUCAGGCCUACCACACCGGCUUCUACAGCUGCAGAUAUCUCUCUGCACCUGCUUCCAAGAACAAAACAGAAUCUACCAUCUACAUAUUUAUUAGUGAUCCAGGUAGACCUUUCGUAGACACGCACAGUGAAAUCCCUAAGGUUAUAAAUAUGACCGAAGGGAAGAAGGUGGUCAUCCCCUGCCGGGUCUCGUCUCCCAGCAUCAAUGUUACUUUAAAAAAGUUUCCAUCUGAUACUCUGAUCGCUGAUGGAAAAAGAAUAAUCUGGGACAGUAGGAGGGGUUUUAUAAUACAUAAAGCAUCCUACAGAGAAGUGGGGCUUUUGACCUGCGAGACGACAGUGAACGGAUAUUUGUACAAGUUAAACUAUCUCAUAAUUCGGCAAACCAACAUAAUCACAGAUGUCUGGAUAAGCACACCAAGCCCAGUCAAACUACUGAGAGGCCAUAGGCUCACCCUCAACUGCACAGCUACCACCCCAUUGAACACAAGAGUUGCGAUGACCUGGAGAUACCCUGGAGAAGUAAAUAAGAGAGCCAGUAUAAGGCAACGCAUUGACCAACGCAGUCCCCACAAUAAUGUAUUCUACAGUAUCCUCGUUAUUGACAAAGUGCAGAAGGAAGACCAAGGGCUUUACACUUGUCGUGUGAGAAGCGGGCUGUCACUCAAGUCUGUUAACGCCUCGGUGCAUAUAUAUGACAAGGCAUUCAUCACUAUGAGGCCUCAACAGCAGCGGGUGUUUGAGGUUGUGGCUGGCAAGCGGUCUUACCGGCUCUCCAUGAGAGUGAAGGCGUUCCCCACUCCAGAAGUUGCCUGGUUAAAAGAUGGGUCACUGGCCACUGAGAAGUCUGCCCGCUAUCUGAUUUGCGGCUAUUCAUUGAUUAUCAAAGAUGUGACUCCCGAAGAUGCAGGAGAUUACACAAUCUUGCUGGGCGUAAAGCAUGCGAAUGUGUUCAAAAACUUCACUGUCACUCUGAUUGUCAAUGUGAAACCCCAGAUUUACGAAAAGGCUGUAUCAUCAUUCCCGGAUCCGAUCUUGUACCCACUGGGCAGCAGACAGAUCCUGACCUGCACCAUUUACGGAGUCCCCAUGCCUGCCAUCACGUGGUUCUGGCACCCCUGUACCCAUAAUCACUCCAACGCAAGGUAUGACUCUUGCUCCACUAAUGAAGAGGCCUUUAUCCUGGAUCCUGACAGCACUGUAGGAAACAGAAUUGAGAGCCUCACUCAGCGCACGGCAGUGAUAGAAGGAAAGAAUAAGAUGGCUAGUACCUUGGUUGUGGCUGACGCUAGAAUUUCUGGAAUCUACACUUGCAUGGCUACCAAUAAAGUCGGGACUGUGGAAAGAAACGUGAACUUUUACAUCACAGAUGUGCCCCAUGGAUUUCAGGUGAGCUUGGACAAAAUGCCUGCGGAAGGAGAGGACCUGAAGCUGUCUUGCACGGUGAGCAAGUUCUUGUACAAAGACAUUACCUGGAUUUUGCUGCGGACAGUGAACAACCAGACCACGCAACAGAGCAUCAGCAAGCAAAAGACGCCUGUCAUGAAAGAGCACUCCAUGACAUUCAACCUCGUCAUCAAGAACGCCUCCCUGGAAGACUCAGGCACCUAUGCCUGCCGAGCUAGGAACAUAUACACAGGGGAAGAAAUCCUCCAGAAGAAAGAAGUGAUCAUUAGAGAUCAGGAAGCACCCUACCUCCUGCGAAACCUCAGUGACCGCACAGUCGCCAUCAGCAGUUCGACGACUCUAGAUUGUCAUGCUAAUGGCGUCCCAGAGCCUCAGAUAACCUGGUUUAAAAACAACCACAAAAUACAGCAAGAACCUGGAAUUAUUUUAGGACCAGGAAGCAGCACGCUGUUUAUCGAGAGAGUCACGGAAAAGGAUGAAGGCGUGUAUCACUGCAAAGCCAGCAACCUGAAGGGCUCGGCAGAGAGCUCGGCCCACCUCACCGUGCAAGGGACCUCAGACAAGUCUAACCUGGAGCUCAUCACUCUGACGUGCACCUGUGUGGCUGCAACCCUCUUCUGGCUCCUGUUAACGCUUUUUAUCCGAAAACUGAAAAGGUCAUCUUCUGAGAUUAAAGCUGACUAUCUGUCGAUUAUCAUGGACCCAGAUGAAGUUCCCCUGGAUGAGCAGUGUGAUCGGCUCCCUUAUGAUGCCAGCAAGUGGGAGUUUGCCCGGGAGAGACUUAAACUGGGCAAGUCACUCGGAAGAGGGGCUUUCGGAAAAGUGGUGCAAGCAUCGGCAUUCGGCAUCAAGAAGUCACCCACCUGCCGGACUGUGGCUGUAAAGAUGCUGAAAGAGGGGGCCACGGCCAGCGAGUACAAGGCUCUGAUGACCGAGCUCAAGAUCCUGACCCACAUCGGCCACCAUCUGAACGUCGUCAACCUGCUGGGAGCCUGCACCAAGCAAGGAGGGCCCCUGAUGGUGAUUGUUGAAUACUGCAAAUAUGGAAAUCUCUCCAACUAUCUCAAGAGCAAACGGGCCUUAUUCUUUCUCAACAAGGAUGCAGCCUUACACGUGGAGCCUAAGAAAGAAAAGAUGGAGCCGGACCUGGAGCAGGGCGAGAAGCAAAGACUAGACAGCGUUACCAGCAGCGAGAGCUUCGCGAGCUCUGGGUUUCAGGAAGAUAAAAGCCUCAGUGAUGUUGAGGAAGAGGAGGAUUUUGAUGACUUCUACAAGCAGCCCAUCACUAUGGAAGAUCUGAUUUCUUACAGUUUUCAAGUGGCCAGAGGCAUGGAGUUUUUGUCUUCCAGAAAGUGCAUUCAUCGGGACCUGGCCGCGCGGAACAUACUUUUGUCUGAGAACAACGUGGUGAAGAUUUGCGACUUCGGCCUUGCCCGGGAUAUUUAUAAGAACCCCGACUAUGUGCGAAAAGGAGAUACGCGACUUCCUCUGAAGUGGAUGGCUCCCGAGUCCAUCUUUGACAAGAUCUAUAGCACCAAGAGCGACGUGUGGUCUUACGGAGUGCUUCUGUGGGAGAUCUUCUCCUUAGGCGGGUCCCCCUACCCAGGGGUGCAGAUGGACGAGGACUUCUGCAGCCGCCUGAAGGACGGGAUGAGGAUGCGGGCACCCGAGUAUGCCACGCCUGAAAUCUACCAGAUCAUGUUGGACUGCUGGCACAAAGACCCAAAAGAAAGGCCAAGAUUUGUGGAGCUUGUGGAAAAACUAGGUGACCUGCUUCAAGCCAAUGUACAACAGGAUGGUAAAGACUACAUUCCGCUCAACGCCAUCCUGACAGGCAACAAUGCAUUUACGUACUCGACACCUGCCUUCUCUGAGGACUUCUUCCAGGAAGAUAUUUCUGCUCCCAAGUUUAAUUCAGGGAGUUCUGAUAAUGUCAGAUAUGUCAAUGCUUUCAAUUUCAUCAGCCUGGAAAAACUCAAAACCUUUGAAGAAUUCUCACCGAAUGGCCUUUCCCUGCUUGAUGACUACCAGCUGGAUAGUGGCACCCUGCUGGCCUCCCCCUUGCUGAAGCGCUUCACCUGGGCAGAGAGCAAACCCAAGGCCUCACUGAACUUGAGAGUAACCAGUAAGAGUAAGGAGUCAGGCCUUUCUGACCUCAGCAGACCCACGUUUUGCCACGCCAGCUGUGGGCACCUGGGAACAGGCCACCGCCGGUUCACCUAUGACCACUCGGAGCUGGAGAGGAAGAUUUCCUGCUGCUCGCCUCCCCCCGACUACAACUCUGUGGUCCUGUACUCCACCCCACCAGUCUAAAGCCCGAUUCUGCACAGCCUUCUUUCUAGAACCACGUGUGUAUUUAUAACCCCCAGAAAACUAGCUUUUGCCAGUAUUAUGCGUAUAGAAAUCGACACCUUUUCCUUUCCACAGGAGCCGGCUGCUCUUUUUGUUUUUUUAAUAGUGCUUUUGUCUCUUUUGACUAACAAGAAUGUAACCCCAGAUAGAGGAAUAGUGACAAAGAGCGCCACUGCCAACCCUCGCAGGACUCAGUGGGGAGAAGAAAUCCUGACCCCGCCCUGGACUUGCCCCUCCCCCGGCCCCGGAGACCUCCGGGCUCCAGGUGGCUCAGGACACACACUGUCACCUGUCACUGCAGCUCGGACUCUUUGGGCCAGCAACGCCUGUGCUGUCAAAGGCGUGGUUCUGGGGUCUCCAGCAGGCUGUGUGUGUGUGGGGAGGGAGAAGAGAUGGGGAGAGCACACAGGGCAGGGGCAGGGACAGGGAUUGGAGCUGCACCUUGUGGGGAGGGAGUGGGCAGAAGACAAUGCCACCAGUCCACCUUGGAGAAUCCAUCCAGGGAGCAGACAGGACGGAGGGGUGAUGGGAGGUUUAAAAAAAAAAAGCCAAACAUAAUUUUUGGAAUUAUCAAGCAGAUUGUAAAACCUUAGGUGGGCUCACCCCAGUGAGUCUAGUCUGUCAUGUCACCUGUUAGGCUUAAAGCCACGUUUUCACAGAUAACGUCCGCUUCUAUUUUGAGUAUUCAUAUGUAGUCCAGACACUUAACUCACUUCUUUGUUCUAACAUGUUUCAAUUAGUAAUCAAAGGAAGCUGAGAAGGGCAACAGUCUUGUGGAGGUUUUCUCUAGACCCAAACUAGGAUAGAUGGAGAAAAAGGGAAGGCGAAGUGAAAACCCCCUCUCUGCACCAGACCAACUGCCUGAGACCGAGGGGACUGGAGGACAGGAAGGCAGCCACGUGUCCUUAUUCAGUGGGGACCUCAACUCUCUCAUGCUCGUCUCCUGGACAGAAGAGCAGUAACCAAUGUCUAUGAAGCACUUUAUGCUCCUUAAGGAAAAAGAUGCUGUGUGAUUUGUGCAAGAUGUUUCUAGAACUGGGACUCAGGAUAUUAGUUAAUGAGCCGUCAGUAAGAGAAGAGCCUCUUUUCAUCUACUUUGGGCCCUGCCUUGGGUCUGAGUUGUGACCAAAAUUGGGACAGGGUACAAAAGGGCGCCCAUUUCUCAGGGCCAAGAGGCCCUGGGUCCGCCACCAUCUCUGCGUGAUGCUGUGUGUUUAGGAUGUGUGCGCACCUUCUGGGGCCAGUCAGGCCACAGGGAAUCACUGCUCCUGGUGGAGAGGAGGAUGCUUACCUUGAUGCAGGUGAUGUAACCCUAGAACCUGAGACAAAAGUGAUAGGCCUGGACAUCCUGCCCUGGCCCAGGGCGGGGGUGGGCGGGGAGCAGAGCGGGGCAGGUGGAGGCGGGGGCGGCCAGAGUCUCAUUUUAAGGCACUUGGUGUGAAGAGACGGGAGAGCUGGCUCGUCCCCAGCCAGAGAGCUGCUCCCGGGGUGGUGGUGGGAGGGGGCCUCUGCUGGAGGAGCCACCAGCCAGUCUCCACCAGGAGCCAUGUCCAAACAGCACGGGACCAGGGACCAAGGCGGGGAGAGCCUUGAUCUUCCUCUUCUUUACCAGCACAAGAGCACCUGUGACCACUGGCAAGAGUAGCAAUCAGGUAACCGGGAGGAGGUUAAACAGGCAAAAUAUAAGAAGCUUCAAACUGAGUCUCUGGAUUUUUCAAGUCAGUUAAGGAUCCAGCAAUUAGGGAAAACAAAAACCUUAGCUAUACAUGUAUCUUGAUUUCAGUAAUCCGUUCUUUAAGAGGCCUUAGUAAUACCAUCUUUCCAAAAGACAAUCUGGCUUCCUCAGAGACUCAAUGGAAUCAGAGACUCUGUCUAGCAGUCCAGCUCCAUCUGGGGUCUCAACAGAGAACAAAAACGGGAAAGCAGGAGGAAAGACGCUCUCCAGUGGGAAAGGGCUUGUCACAGGUAGGUGCGCUGAAGCAGCACAGAAAAUUAAAUCACUAAUGAAUCAAUGGUAUUAUUAGACCCAUUUGUCAAUUUUGACAAAAAAGGUUGGCAUGAACAAUUAGGGGGCAAGGACCCCCUUUCCAGGACUUGUGAGAUCACGUAACCUGAGUAUGGUGGGUGGGAGGGGAUUGGAACCACGCACAAGCUUGUCUCUAGUUAUUCUCAGAAUGACGCUCAGACCCGAGGAGCAAGCGUGUUCAAAAUCCUGAUGAGGUUACCUUCGGAUGUCAAACGGGAAAAAAACACUUGUUGGCCUCUUUUCACUGAUUAAAGGAGGAGCACACCUUUGACUGACAGUGAUGGAAACUAUAUGUAUAUUUGUGUGUGUGUUGUGCAGAACUAUUUAAGGAAACUGGAAUUUUAAAGUUACUUUUAUACAAACCAAGAAUAUAUGCUGCAGAUUAUAAGUGAGACAGUU